AAAACAGAUCAACUUCUUCAGUCACACACAGAGAGGUUUAGGCAGCCAUUUCUAGGGUUAGGGUUUUGCUUCGAAAAAUCGAGAAGAAGAAGAUCUGACAAUGUCGCAGUACGGAAUACAAUCAAUGCUGAAGGAGGGGCACAAGCACCUCUCCGGCUUGGACGAAGCCGUCGUCAAGAACAUCGAGGCCUGCAUCCAACUCUCCACCAUCAUUCGCACCUCUCUCGGUCCCAACGGCAUGAACAAGAUGGUAAUCAAUCACUUGGACAAGCUCUUUGUCACGAACGACGGUGCCACGAUUGUGAAUGAGCUCGAGGUUCAGCACCCUGCCGCCAAGCUUUUGGUUUUGGCUGGGAAGGCUCAGCAGGAGGAGAUUGGCGACGGUGCUAAUCUCACCAUUUCGUUCGCCGGCGAGCUGCUUUCGCAUGCCGGGGAGCUUAUCAGGAUGGGUUUACAUCCUAGUGAGAUCAUUAGUGGAUACACCAAAUCGAUUAAGAAGGUGAUUGAAAUCUUAGACGAACUGGUUGAGGAAGGUUCUGAGACUAUGGAUGUGCGUAAUAAAGAAGAAGUGGUUAAGAGAAUGAAGGCACCUGUUGCCAGCAAGCAGUUUGGACAGGAGGAUAUUUUAUCCUCACUUGUUGCCGAUGCAUGUAUACAAGUAUGCCCUAAGAACCCAGCAAACUUUAAUGUGGAUAAUGUACGUGUGGCAAAGUUCUUGGGAGGGGGUUUGCAUAACUGUACUGUAGUUCGAGGUAUGGCGUUAAAGAGUGAUGCUGUUGGCAGCAUAAAGAAAAUGCAGAAGGCCAAGGUUGCUGUGUUUGCUGGUGGUGUUGAUACCUCUGCAACUGAGACCAAAGGAACUGUUCUAAUUCAUAAUGCUGAGCAGCUUGAAAAUUAUGCAAAAACAGAAGAAGCUAAAGUUGAGGAGCUCAUCAAAGCAGUCGCAGAUUCAGGUGCCAAAGUAAUUGUCAGUGGAGCAGCAGUUGGAGAGAUGGCAUUACAUUUCUGUGAGCGGUACAAGCUUAUGGUGCUGAAAAUUAGUUCAAAGUUUGAAUUGAGACGAUUUUGCCGUACAGUUGGUGCUGUUGCUAUGUUGAAGCUUUGCCAGCCUAACCCAGAUGAUCUCGGAUAUGUCGACUCAAUCUCGGUUGAGGAAAUUGCUGGUGUUCGGGUUACUAUUGUGAAGAAUGAAGAAGGUGGUAACUCUGUAUCUACUGUGCUUCUAAGAGCUAGUACUGAUAGUAUAUUAGAUGACCUUGAAAGAGCAGUUGAUGAUGGGGUGAACACUUACAAGGCUAUGUGCAGGGAUAGCCGUAUUGUUCCUGGAGCUGCAGCUACUGAAAUUGAGUUAGCCAGGAGAGUCAAGGAGUUUUCUUUCAAAGAAACAGGAUUGGAUCAGUAUGCUAUAGCAAAAUUUGCCCAAAGUUUUGAGAUGGUGCCAAAAACUCUUGCUGAAAAUGCGGGGCUUAAUUCAAUGGAGAUAAUAUCUUCCCUAUAUGCUGAACAUGCAGCUGGGAAAACCAAAGUUGGCAUUGACUUGGAGGGAGGCGUUUGCAAAGAUGUAUCAAUUUUACAAGUUUGGGACCUUCAUGUUACCAAGUUGUUUGCUCUCAAAUAUGCUGCAGAUGCUGCCUGCACUGUACUACGAGUAGAUCAAAUUAUAAUGGCAAAACCAGCAGGUGGCCCAAGGAGGGGGGAUCAGCCUGCAGGCAUGGAUGAGGACUAAGCUUUUUGUGCGACAAUUAAGCAGGCAUGGAUGAGGACUAAGCUUUUUGUGCGACAAUUAACAAUCUUGCUUGUAUUGCCUUGUAUUCUGCAAAUAUGAGAAGCAUGUUUUAGAAUUCAGUUUUGAAAUUACUAGUUACAAAUUCUGGUCGUCAGUUGAAGAUCUACGUAUACAGAUAAAUUGUAACCUGUAUUGCAUGGAAUUCGUUAGGAUAUGACAGUUGGAAGGGGAUGCGGAAAGUGUUUGGUAC